AUGGGGGAGAGGGAAGAGGAGGGGGACUUUCGGGCUAAAACACCCUCCGCCCCUCAAAAAAUGCCUCCAGGAUGUCUACAGAAAGCGACUGCAGUUGCCUUACAAAAAAAGAGAUUUUAUUCUCAACAAGUAGAAGCAGACCUUGUGGUAAUUGGUUCAGGCCCCGGUGGAUAUGUAGCUGCUAUCAAAGCAUCUCAGCUUGGUCUUAAAACUGUAUGCAUUGAAAAGGAAGUUACAUUAGGAGGUACCUGUUUAAACGUAGGAUGUAUUCCAUCAAAGGCACUCCUUAACAACUCUCAUUACUACCAUAUGGCUCAACAUGACUUCAAGAAUAGAGGAAUUGAAGUCGAUAAAGUAAGUCUUAACCUACCAGCUCUAAUGAAUGCCAAAUCAUCAGCUGUAAAAGCAUUAACUGGUGGCAUUGCUAUGCUUUUUAAAAGCAAUAAGGUAACUCAUCUUAAAGGUCAUGGUAAAAUUACUGGAGCCAAUGAAGUUACUGUUCUGGAAGGUGACAAACCAACACACUCUGUUAAAACAAAACAUAUCAUGAUUGCGACUGGAUCUGAAGUGACUCCUUUUCCUGGAAUUGAAGUUGACGAGAAAACAAUUGUUUCUUCCACAGGAGCCCUCUCUUUAGAUAAAGUUCCUGGGAAGUUUAUUGUUAUUGGUGCUGGUGUAAUCGGUCUCGAGUUGGGUUCUGUGUGGGGUAGGCUUGGCUCAGAUGUAACUGCUGUAGAAUAUAUGCCGACAAUUGGAGGUGCUGGCAUUGAUCUAGAGGUUUCUAAAGCUUUCCAGAAGAUACUUGCAAAGCAAGGUAUGAAGUUUAAAUUAGGGACAAAGGUUACUGGUGCUACAAGAUCUGGCAGUAGUAUUAUUGUUAGUGUUGAGAAUGCUAAGGAUCCUUCUAAAAAAGAGGAGUUGGAGGCUGAUGUUUUAUUGGUAUGCGUGGGACGAAGGCCUUAUACCAAUAAUCUUGGGUUAGAAGAAAUGGGUAUUCAGAAGGAUGAAAAAGGAAGAAUUCCUGUUAAUCACAAAUUCCAGACUGUCAUUCCUAACAUUUAUGCAAUCGGGGAUUGUAUUCAUGGACCUAUGUUAGCACAUAAAGCUGAGGACGAAGCUAUAGUAUGCGUUGAAGGAAUACUUGGUGGACCUGCUCAUAUUGAUUAUAACACUGUACCAUCGGUAAUAUAUACCCAUCCUGAAGUGGCUUGGGUUGGAAAAACAGAAGAAGACCUUAAGAAUGAAGGAAUUGAAUACAAAGUUGGAAAAUUUCCAUUCCUUGCUAACAGCAGAGCUAAAACAAAUUUUGAACCCGAUGGUUUUGUUAAAGCACUUGCUCAUAAACAAACUGAUCAGUUGCUUGGUUUCCAUAUAAUUGGACCUGGAGCUGGUGAACUGAUCGCUGAAGCUGUCCUUGGAAUGGAAUAUGGUGCAUCUGCCGAAGAUAUUGCUAGAACGUGUCAUGCUCACCCAACUUGUUCAGAAGCUGUGAGAGAGGCAGCACUAUCAGCUUACUGUGGAAAAGCAAUCAAUUUUGGCUAA